AUGCCAUUUAGCAACAGAUGAGCAACGCUUCAUGUUCAUUUUGUUGGGCCGGAGUGAAGCACCGUGGCCGCCGUGGUUCCCUAAAGGAAUACUUCACUGUGUAAUGUUUGUCGGGGCCGCGGUGCGUCCCCUUGGUCCCUCGGUCCCUCGCACCGUAGCUGGCUGAAGCGUUUGCGGCUUCCUCACCCAAACCCAGCGUGAGUCGGUGCUGCUAGUUUCUGUGGCGAGCGCUAUGGAUGUGCUGUGGAUGAUCCCGCUGCUGCUCAUUCCGCUCCUGAUGUGGACCAGCAGCACGUUUGUUUUUUAUUUCAAAAAGUUCUUUUACGUGGCCUGGAUGAUGCUCCUGGCUCUGAUCGGAAUACCUUUCUGCAUACUAAAAAGCGGAGGCAGAGACAUUGAAAACAUGAGGAUCAUCCGUUUCAUGGUUCGUCACGUCAAGUAUUUGCUGGGUCUUCGAUUUGAAGUGAGCGGCUGGGAGCAUCUGCAGACCGAGGGUCCCUAUGUCAUUAUCUCCAAUCACCAAAGCUCCCUGGAUGUUUUGGGCUUGAUGGAGAUUCUACCAGACCGUUGCACCAUGAUUGCUAAGAAGGAGUUGAUCUACGCUGGUACAGUAGGCCUCAUCUGCUGGCUGGGUGGCAUCGUCUUUAUCAACCGCAAGAAGACGAGCGAUGCCAAAAGUGUCAUGGCUGACGCUGCCAAAACCAUGUUGGAGGACCAGAUUCGUCUGUGGGUGUUCCCAGAGGGAACUCGUAACCAAAACGGCGACCUGCUGCCCUUCAAAAAGGGUGCUUUCCACCUGGCAGUGCAGGCACAAGUACCCAUCAUACCUGUCGUUUUCUCCUCCUACAGCAACUUCUACCUACGGAAAGAAAAGCAGUUCAAAUCGGGAAGCAUCAGAUUGAAGAUCCUUCCAAAGAUUGAGACAAAGGGGUUGACUUCAGAGGAUGUGUCAUCCCUGUCUGACAAAUCCUUUGACCUGAUGCGCUCUGCCUUCCUGGACCUUUCUGACUCCGUAACCCAGAGCAACGGCCCCAUAAGGCACUGAACAUUAAUCUUCCUCCCGCGUCCCUUUUCUCCCUCUGAGACCCAUCCAUCCCUCCCUGAGACCUCCCCACUCUCCGCCCCAGGUUGUCCCACCACCUGGCCAGGAAACAACAUGACACAAGUCUCUUGUCAUGAAAGCUCUUCAUGUCUAGUUGACGCCUGGUCCAGCCCGCCUCUGGCCUGACCAUACAGCACAGUCAGUCCUGACCCUCACAGCUGCAGCAGCGGCGCUGCUCUGCACUCUGUGAGCGGAGUGACGGACGGCAAGCCGAACAGUGUGGAUGUGUGUUGCUCAUGCAUGCCUUUUGGAUGGCUCUGUCCACCUUCAUCCUUGCUUUGGAAAGCCUGACUUUUUAUUGUCUUACUUUAUCACCAUUUUGUACUUUCUUUGGCCUUUUUCUUCUCCUCCUUUUGUCCAUUCUGCCUUCUGUUUAAGCAGACAAAACUUUGGCAUUUUCUUUUCUGUUCAUAAAUGUCACUGGAUAUUUAUGUUUUCCUCUCAUGCUGCCUUGGUUUUAGUUAUCUUCGGACGCUUAAACACACGUGUACACAAAUUCAAAGUAGCCCAUCUCCUUCCUUCCUUUGGCUUUUAGUAUUUUCUCCCCUUUUUGGCAUUCCAGUCUUUUUUCCCAAAGACAAAACAGAGUGGGGUCUCCACAAACUGUGGAGCGUGUGGAAGGAAGGACACGCCUGAGUUUCUUUAGCUCCGUCUCUCUGAAUUCAGUUCUGUAUUAGCUCUUCAACUCAAUGACCAAUAUCUCCAUGACAUGCUUCAUGAUGUCAGAAAGCAAGGAAUGCAAGAUACUGUGUAUAACAGCACCCAUCUGUGCUGAAUUUAUGGACUUAAGCGAACUGAUCAGAUCUCAGUGUCAUAUGUUGGUGUGUCAUUGUACAUUCUUCCAGUUUGUCUCUCCAAAAAUGAAUUGAAGCAGCUGGUGUGCAGCACUGAGCAGCAAGUGUCCUCUAGCUGUGCUCCAAACUUCUGCUCUAUUUAUUUUUAGUCUUGCUUUGGUUGUUGUUGUGCUGCUUUUUUCUUUUUUUUCCUUCCCUUCUUCCUCCUAAGCAAUCAUGUUUAUGUCCCUUAUAUACGAAGUGUCAAAAGAAAUGAAUUCAUCAAGUGCAAUGUCCAACUGUUUCAGCGUUACUACUGUUCCAAAGUGCGAGCUACCUGCUGUGCCAUGACGAAGACUUUUUGGGAGGUUUCCGGUGUAAGCCCGUUUUUAACAUCUUGCUUUGACCUGGUUCAACGGUUACCCACUGACCGAUUUGCUCUUUGCAUUUCCAAAUGAUUUAAGGCAGUUCUUGCCAUAAGCAAGAGAUGAUUUAGAUCUCAAGUAUUUGUUCAUAUAUUAGGAUUAACUCGAGGGAUCCCGAAGUACUAACAGACCUACUGAAAAUGUAUUUUGUUGAUUGGCUUGUGAGGGGAUGCCCCUGAUUUUUUUUUUUUUUUUUUUUAAAUAAUAAUGAGUUAUUUUUAGUUGUGAUGUUCUGAUUUGAUCAUUUAAAAAGUGCAACAUUUUGGCCUUAAUUUUGAUGGAUCAGGUUGUUCAGCAAGUUUGCUCGGAAUCGAUUUUGUUUUGUGUUUUGUACUGAAAAUAACUUUGAACCACUGACUGAACCGACUUUAGUUUAUAUCCAGGUCUCAGAUUUUCAGUCUGCUCACCGUACAGCCAUAAAAUCACUAAUUAUACCCAUCAAACACCAUCUGAGAAUGUACUGCAACAUUCAGGAUAUUUGUUUGUUACUAAUUGCAGCUUAUGGUUUUUAUUUAUAUAUAUAUAUAUUUUUUUUUUGCUUUAGUAAAAGUGGGAUGUCGUCUUGCAUACAGUUGGCAUCAAACGUAGGUGAUUAUUUGAGCGUUAGAUGUUAGACUUAGUCUGACCUGUUGUAGACAGACUUCCUAAAGAUCUCAUGUAAAUGGGUUUGUCUGUACUUUGGUACUAAGCCUGUACACUGCUGUUCAUAGCUGAGUGCUUCAGUACUUUUAGUGAGCCCUGCUUUGGGUACAUGUGAGAGUCAGGAUUUCAGGCAAGUUCCGAGGCCAGUUUGAAUUAUAAGACCUUACUACUUACACUACUAAUGACUCACCCACCUUUUCUUUAUUGUUAAUUUUUUAUUUAUUUACUUUUAUUUUUUUCUGUCUAUAAUACCAGUUUUUUUUAAUUUUUUUUUGUUUGUUUUUUUUUUGCAGCAGGUGUUUCGAAUGUUCAAAAAGCACUCUACCAAAUCGGUUUCUUUCCAAAAAUGAUCCUGUACCAUAUACAUUUAUUUAAUGGCGUGUGCUCUCCAUUUAUUCUGUUCUCUCUUUUUUUGGGGGGGGGGUGUACAACAGAUGAGUGGGUGGUGAGCUUUGGCUGACGGGCUCUGCAACAGUCCCGCUCAUUUCUUUUUUUUUUUUUUUUUUU